AUGGACUUCGUUACACCUUUGAUGAACAAAAAUAACCUCACCGUGAGCAUCGGGCCUUCUCCUCAGAGUUCUUACCCCGACGCGAUUCUCAACGGGCUCGAGUUAAUGAAGAUGAACAAUUCAAAGGGAAGCUUGGCUGGUUUGUCGGUUUUGCCCGCUUUCUCGAACUCUAAAAGGAAAAAACUCGAACUAAUUGUGGGUUUAAGCGUGGGUCUCCCGUUGGCCUCGAUAGUUAUCGUUAUACUAUUGUUUUUCCACAGGCGAAGAAAACAGCAAGAACUGAUUGGUGUGGGAGGGUUCGGGAAGGUGUACAAAGGAGUAUUAUACGACGGGACAAAAGUAGCCGUCAAGAGAGGAAACCCGAAAUCCCAGCAAGGGAUGGCCGAGUUCAGAACCGAAAUUGAGAUGCUUUCUCAAUUCCGGCACCGACACCUCGUCUCGUUGAUCGGGUACUGUGACGAGAAAAACGAGAUGAUUCUCGUAUAUGAGUACAUGGAGAAUGGGACACUUAAGAGCCACCUGUACGGCUCGGGCCUCCCGAGCCUCGGCUGGAAGGAGAGGCUCGAGAUAUGCAUCGGGUCCGCUCGCGGGCUGCAUUAUCUCCACACAGGCUACUCGAAAGCUGUGAUCCACCGUGACGUGAAGUCGGCGAACAUACUGCUCGACGAGAAUCUCAUGGCCAAGGUGGCGGAUUUCGGGCUUUCGAAAACCGGGCCCGAUCUCGACCAGACCCACGUCAGCACAGCUGUUAAAGGGAGCUUUGGGUAUUUGGACCCCGAGUACUUCAGGCGACAGCAGCUGACUGAAAAAUCGGACGUUUACUCGUUCGGUGUGGUUUUGUUCGAGGUCCUUUGCGCGAGGCCCGUGAUAGACCCUUCUCUACCGAGAGAAAUGGUUAACCUUGCCGAGUGGGCAAUGAAGUGGCAGAAGAAGGGCCAGCUGGAGCGGAUCGUGGACCCGAAUCUUGCGGGCAAGGUAAAACCCGACUCGUUGAGGAAGUUUGGUGAGACGGCCGAGAAGUGUUUGGCGGAUUUUGGGGUCGAUAGGCCGUCUAUGGGAGACGUGCUGUGGAAUUUGGAGUAUGCACUUCAGCUUCAAGAGGCAGUGAUCGAGAAUGAUCCGGAAGAGAACAGUACAAACGCGAUUGGACAGCUAGCAGCUCGGGUGGGGGGUUUUGAUGAUUUGGAGACCGGUGGUGAUUCUGUGGCUCGGUUGGAGAGUUCGGGCGCGGUGGAUGACCUCUCGGGUGUUUCGAUGAGUCGGGUUUUUUCACAGCUGGUGAAAUCCGAAGGUAGGUGA